CAGGUCUUUGAUUGAGACACUGGAUGACUUCCGAAGUUAAAGAAAGAAGAUCUACAAACACUUUUCCCUGAAGAAAAAAUUCUUCUGCCUUUGGAUGAACUGGAAAGAAAAACAACGCACGGCAACAUUAGUGUUUACAAAAUGGCAAAAGGAGAGAGACAUUUCUGAUGUUAUCCACUAAGGCUCCCCUUUUACUUCCACUCUCUGAUUCCUCUUUCCAGUCUGGCUUUCCAGUCAGUCUAUUUCUGCAAUGGACGGGUACUUCCUGUUUCUGUGAACUUGUUGGCAGCCAUCAAAGGUUCAGCUAUCAUGCCUGGUAGUUCUGGGACCUUGUAACCCUUGAAAACCCUCCCAACUCCCCCACCAUCCCCUCCCUCCUUCCUCUUCUAACCCCCGGAAGAGCUUCUCAAAAAUGGAGGCUCGUGAACCAGCCGGGCAGAGAGGCCCAGGUAAGGACCUAGUGAAGGAGAAGGCAACUCUUCAAAGAAAGUGGGCAUCCGAGCCUUCUGCUAACACAAAACGAAGCACUUUUGCUGACCCGGACUCCAAACACCGUGAGAGUUUGCCGUGUGGUGCCACGGUUGGAUCAGCGCCCCAACAGAAGUACGCAAUUACAGGGAAUUCUGGGAAGCUGCUAUCAGGACCUUCUGCAGUUGGAGCCAUGGGAGGCCCACCAUCUCAAGACCCCCAAGGGCACUUUGCACAGGGGUUCCCAAUGGGAUACUCCUACCAGCUGGGCCAGCCAUACCCUCAGCACCCCCAGCCUGAGCGCUUCCUGUCAGGAGCCAAACCCCAGCCAGGUCUAGAGCCACAUGCCUGGCCUUUUGCUGGCCAGUUGCCCUCGGAUGAUCUGUACCCUGUAGGACACCCGGGACACACUCAUCCUCAUGGGGCUGGGGCAGGGAGGUUUCCCCGCCAGAAGUCUCCCAGUUUACCCAGCUCCUUCGGACAGUAUUCUCAAUCGGGCCCUGAGCCUGGAGAGGAGGGCUACAGCAAAAAAGAGCUGAAGCCCAAAAAGCCCGGUAAGUAUAUCUGUCACUACUGCGGACGAGCUUGCGCCAAGCCUAGCGUCUUGAAGAAGCACAUCCGUUCUCAUACUGGAGAGAGGCCAUAUCCAUGUGUACCAUGUGGCUUUUCCUUUAAAACCAAGAGCAACCUUUACAAGCAUCGCAAGUCCCAUGCUCAUGCCAUCAAGGCUGGACUUGUACCAUUCUCAGAGCUAUCUGUGGCUCGCGGUGGUGAUAUGGACCAGGCGUCUCCAGGGGGGGAUGCCGAGGUCCACUCAGACGGAGAGCAGAGUACCGACACCGAUGAGGAAGGUGUGGAGGGCUCCACCAUGCUGACGGACAAAGACAGCCCCAUCCCGCAGAUCCCCUUUGAAGCUGACAAGAAUACAGGUGGUGGGGAGCCGGCAUAUGCAGACCAAGCUGAAGAGCUGAUUGUGGGGUCUAUGAAAGUGCCUAUCCUUAUUAUACCCAAGGCUGGGGGAGUACCCUCCACAGGAAUGGAGUGCCCACCCUUUCAGGACAUAAAGGGUUCACACCACAUGUUGGCAUCACACGCUGGCAUAAGAGCGCAUUCACUGGAUGAUUCCCCUACCAUCAAACAACGUUUGGCCCUGAGGAUAAAUGAGAAGAAGGGUCAGGACUCGGACUCUAUCAUGUCCCAGUCCUUAAACCUCCUCAGUCCUCACAGCAAGGGCAGCACGGACUCUGGAUACUUUUCCCGCUCUGAAAGUGCAGAGCAGCAGAUCAGCCCUCCAAAUAAUAAUGUCAAGACGUACGAAGAGAUUAUGUUUGGUCGGACUUGGUACGGCCGACCCGACUCCAGAUCCAGACAGUCUAUUGCAGUUGGCAUGGCAGGCGCAGACCCCAGCAGCCUAACUAGCUUAAAGCAAUCAGGUGCUAUUAUGGAUAUGGGGAAGAUAGCUGAGGAUCACAUCUGUUUCAGGGGAGAUGUAGGAGUCUCUGGAGAUCCCAAGCAGUACCCAACAGGACCCUGUCAAAGCAGCACAGGCCUUCUCGAGCCUCCAUCAGAUUCUGGGCACCUUAUUAGGAGUAACUCCAUGCCAACAUCCUCCCCCUCUAACCUAAGUGUGCCCUCAGCAAUUCGAGGCAGUCACUCAUUUGAUGAGAUGAUGGCGCCGGAUGAUGUGUUUUACCCACCAGGGCGCAGACUGACAAGGCAGGCUGCAUUUGAACAUUCAGCCAAUGAAGCCCAUGUAGGGGAGGCUGAGGGCUUUGGACACAUGCCCAAGAAUAUAGCUUCAUCUCUGGGUAUGAAGCUAGUUGAGCGCAAUCCAGGAGUCCCUGAGCACAUUUCUUACAGCCCAUAUGGUACUAAAAUUAGCAUGUCAGAAAUAGCCACAAGAAAAAGGAGGAAAGAGAAGAGUGUUGGUGAUGAAGAGGACAGCCCCGGGCACUGCGACAGUAGCUGUAGUGGUUCAGUGGAGAUGAUAGGGGACUGCGAGUUUAGACAGGGUAGUUUUGAUGGGUCGAGGGGAACUCCAACAGGAAAGGGCUCUCUUUACAGCGCUCACAGCCAGUCCGACAGCUUUGACACUUGUGCCAGCAUGUGCUCUGAGGACAUUGCAUUAUUUCCUGACUUUGAGGGCAGGAAGGCAGCUGUGAAUGUCAUAUCAGUCAUCCAGCACACCAACUCCCUCAGCCGGCCAAAUUCCUUUGAGAAGUCAGAGUCCUUUGAGCAUCCAGGAUAUCAGCCUUCGGAGAAAGCUCUAUCUAGCCAGUACUCUGAACAAUCUGACACAGAUAUCUUUGAGGAUGCUUUGAGUCCUGAGUCCGCCCUACUGCUUAGGGCAGAGAGUACAGAGCGUGACAGCGACCUGGCCUCCCUCUCGUCUUCGUCAGCUGCACCAUCCCCUGGCCAGCCUUAUCAAGUCCCGCCCAAGCUAGUCCGACAACCCAACAUCCAAGUUCCUGAGAUCAGGGUUACGGAGGAUAAAGAUACCGAAUCUCCAAUGACGAAGGAACCGGAAAAGCAGCCGCAGCAUGUAGAGGAGUUCCAGCUGCCACAGAGGAGUGAUACCCUCGCCCAGAUGCCAUCGGAAAAGCUACCGCCCAAGAAGAAGAGGUUGCGCCUGGCGGAUAUGGAGCACUCAUCAGGGGAAUCCAGCUUCGAGUCAACGUGCACCAGCCUUUCUCGCAGCCCCAGUCAGGAGAGUAACCUUUCCCACUCCUCUUCCUUCUCCAUGUCCUUCGACAGAGAGGAAGGCCUCAAGUCUGCCUCGCCCACCAAACAG